UCACAUGUGUAUACACAGACGGUUUGCUCUAACUGAGUGACAUGGGCAUGACCUGUCUUGAGAGCUCAUUAAACAUUGCAUCUUUGCCCUGAUGGACCCACCUUGUUCUGACCACAUCCUCCUGGUCCUCUGUCUCCUCUUCCUGGUCUGCAUCCAUGGCAACGCUCAAGGCCCAUGUGAAAUUGAGGUGCCAAUCAAAAGAAACACUGUUUGGAAUGCUGUCCCUCAGAAACGGCUGACAAUCAACUGCCCUGUGAAACAUUGUGGUGAAACCUUACGUGUCACCUGGUGUAAAUUUGAGGACGCCAACUGCAAACAAAUACAUGAGACAGAGCAAGUCAAAAUUGGAUGGAAACCAUUUGAUAGAUGGUCAGAAGAUCGUAUUGCAUUUUUGGAUUUUAAGAAUAUAUCUAUCAAUGACAAUGGUUCGUACAGAUGUGGAAUGGCUGGCCAUAAAUCAUCAAUUAUUAGCCAUGCUAUCAAUGUCUCUGUCUCAGAUAGCAACCUGAAAAUGACAAGCACAACAGACCACAACACAAACGACUCACCAAAUGCAAAGCUUGAUGAGAAAUAUCUGAGCUGGAAACCGUAUGUUUACAUCUGUGUGGGAAUAGUACUGCUGGUGGUCAUGGUGACAGCAAUCUCUUUCCUCUGUCUUUAUGGAUGUAAAGGAUCUACAAGGUCAACAAAUAACAGGAUAAUGGAGCAGGCAGAACCAUGUCCAGACCUCUCCUCCUGCUCUAAGGGAACCUUUCCAUCAUCACCUUCCACACCAAACCCUGCCCAGUCCAACAAUUUCUACAACAAUGGUCCCUAUGGCAAAAGCUUAAACAGGGAAUCGCCACACAGCCUCCUGGUGACAAACGGAGCUUUGCCUUCCUCUGACCUCACAGCUGGAGGUCAAGGGUCAAACUACCUUGUGUACGCUGCCCUGAACCACCAGACCCCUAGAGGGUCCCCGAAACCCCCCCAUAUCCCAACCCCCCAGGAUGAAUGCUCAGAGUAUGCAGCCAUCCGGGUCUACUGAGCCGACAGGUUCUGAAAGAGACCUCAACCAGACCAUAACGGCACAGUGCUGCUAACUGUUUUACUGUUUAAGUUGUCUUCUUUGAUGGCUCUUCUCACUGAAAAAGAGGAAAGCUGAACAUAUUUUGUGGAUGAAAAUGUUACUCCUUGGGGGGGAUUCAUGUUUUUUAUUUUAUUUAACUCACACACACUCUAUGACACACUCUUCCUGGUGUCAUGGAAACGGUGAGCAGUGUGUUAACCGCAGUACAGCAGUGUUCCAGAGAAUAAAAUGUGAUUUAAAGAUGGGGGUGGUAGGGGGAUAGGGGUGAGACAUGUGAGCAAGGGUUAGAGCUAGAGAAUAUGUGCUUCUGAGUGUGAACCCUCCUUCACAUCAGACCUCAGAGUUAGAAUAGCAAAAUAACGUCCGCUAGCAGUGUGAAUCACAAAGGUGACAAUAACUCUGUUUUCAAAUGAUCUCACACAUAAUGAUGGUAAAGCAUAAUUUGUUAUUGACUAUCAAAAUAUAUAUGCUAAUGAAGAAACCACUGAACCACUUUGGUGAUUAUUAGUGAUGAUUUUGGGAUAUAACAGGGAAAAAUAUCUCAUACCGAACAUUGAAUGUCCCUGUGUGUGAUUAAGUGUGUGUGCCUGUGUC